AUGGGUCGGGUUACGAAAAAUUGUGAUGCCAAAUCUUCCGCCGACUACGAGUCAUUUGCGAGAAAUUCAAUUUGUAAACGAUCCGAAAACCAGCGCCCCUGUGAUCCCCGAUUAACCAAUGAUGAUCGUUCAGUUCUCGCUGAUUUCAAGCUUAUAAAGAAGAUUGACUCAGAUAUUAGUAAUCUUGGGGAGAGAUAUUUCGAGGAGGACGACCAAGUGACUAGAUCUCUCAUUCAUAGUAUUCUGAAGAAAUUGGAUACCAUUGGAGACGGUACUGAGGAAUCACUGAAUAUCGAUACGAUCGAUUCUUUCCGCUCCUAUUGCGUACGAGCCAAGGAUCUCUAUAAUGAUAAAAUUGUGCGCCUACGAGCUAAAAAAUCUGAGCAAGAGGAAUUGCUCACAGAUAGAAAAGAAUCGUUAAUGGCCGCUAUUGAGCGGAAAUUAAAACAAGCGACCCAAGAUGCGGAUCGUUCUAUUGACUUGAAUGCGAUCUUUUCUCACGACUCAUUCUGUGAAAAGUCGGCUACCGGGGACUCUGCUCAUUCUGAAUAUACUAAAUCAACACAACAAGAUGAGGUCACCGGCAUGGAUAUGCUCCACGGACAAAACUAUGGUUUUAUGACGAGUUAUGGAGAACAUCGGGGAGGAGACUCUACUCCACAAAAGCCUGUAUUCGAAUUCCUCACGCCAAAAUUGCCAUCUGAAUCCAAAAAGUACAAUCACAAGUUAGAACAACAUUCCAGCGCUGGAAAGUCUACACCAAAAACUGUUAAGUUUACACCUUACAAGAUUCCACAACAACGGAAAAUGUCGGCGCGGAGUGAUGUGAUGUGUACCGAGUCACCAAGUAAAGCAGUUUCGGGGGCCUUUUCUCAACUCUCUGUUUCCGCUACUAAUAAACAGACCAGUUCUAUUAGGAACUUGUUGACCGCCGGUGGACACCAAAGUGGAUUGCCACAAGAGACGCAAGCAACGGUUACUGUGCGAAAUACGACUACCACCAUGACUUCCCUACACGAAUAG